CAAGUUAGUGAGGGAGUUGAGUAGCCGUUCCUGUGCUGCUUUACGCAACUUGUGGCUCCGUCUCUGCCGCCCAGCCCCGCGGGAGCCAAGCAAAGAUGCGUGCCAUCUCCAUCAAUCUCUGCCUCGUCGCUCUAGUAUUUUGCUGCUGUUGGCAUUACGUUCGUUCCCUGCCGCUGGCCAGCCAGAAAGCUCUCAAGUGUGGCGUUCGUCAGGAAGGAGACGGGUUUCCAUAUUGGUUCAGUUUCUGGAGUCGCAUCGUUGGGGGGCAGAAAUCAGGGGCCGGUACUCAUCCCUGGCAGGUGUCUUUGAAACGGGGCAAGACACAUUUCUGUGGAGGAACAAUCAUUGCGGAAAAGUGGGUCCUGACGGCUGCUCAUUGCAUCAGGGACAGGAACAUUUUGUCCGUGCUGAAGGUGACGGCUGGUGAGCACAAUCUGCAGGACUGGGAGAAAGAAGAGCAAACACUGAGGGUGAAGCGGAUCAUAACCCACCCCAGCUUCAGGCCAGGCAAACACCCCGAUUAUGACAUGGCUCUGCUGGAACUCAACGGCAGCUUCACCUUCGGUAAGAGCGUGUAUCCAGCUUGUCUUCCCAAUGAUGAUGAUAACUUUGCCUCAGGCGCCAUCUGCAUCGCCACUGGGUGGGGACGGUUAGCAGAGAGUGGAAGGUUGUCUAAUAUCCUGCAAGAAGUUGAGCUGCCGAUCCUGGAUCCUAAAACCUGUUUGCAAGUGUUACAGUCAGUGAUGAAAAGGUACAAGGGAACCACUCUGUUAUGUGCUGGAUUUCCAGAUGGACAGAGAGAUGCCUGUGAGGGUGACUCAGGAGGGCCCCUGAUGUGCAAACGUGAAGGAGGUUCCUGGACCGUGGCUGGGGUCACGUCGUGGGGGAUGGGCUGUGGCCGCAGCUGGAAGGACAACAACAACAAAUGGCCGAGCCUGCGGGGGACUCCAGGAAUUUUUAUUAACGUGAAGCUCUUGCACUCGUGGAUUCAGAAAACCGUGCACAAUGUUUUACAGGGAAACCAAAAGACCAUUUUAAAUGAAACGACAUUGUGCAGUGCUAACGAUGGCACGAUGACUGGCAGCGAAGGAAGCAUUGAUUACCCAGAGAGCCCAGAUCAAUACUAUGAAAACAAUGAGAUUUGUAUGUGGAUUAUUUAUGUCCCACAAGAAAAGCACAUUUUACUGGAGUUUACGCAGUUUGAUGUAGAAGCGGGAAUGUUCUGUGAAAACGACUAUGUGGGUGUGUACGCUGACCGAGACACGUUGAUUGGUAAAUUCUGUGGCUCGGUUCCUCCCUCGCCAUUACUUAUUGACUCUCAUCGAGUGACGCUGAAAUUCGUAUCUGACUUCAGUGAUUUUAGAACUGGCUUCUCAGUAAAGUACACAGCGGUGGAGGCCAGAUCACUGAAAGGGUCUGGCUGUGGGUCACUCGCUAUGCUGUCAAGGCAAGGGAUGAUCCAAAGUAUGAAGUUUCCACAACAGUACAGCAGUAACACCCAAUGUCAGUGGUUGAUUCAAGCUCCAGAAAACCAUGUGAUUAAGCUGGAGUUUGAAGACUUUGAAGUGGAGCCGUCCACAGGCUGUUCUUACGAUUCAUUGACAGUAUACGAUAACCUGGCGCAAAAUAAUCAAACAGUUGAGAUGUGUGGACUGAGCCUUCCACCCCCUGUCCUCAGCCGUGGCGAUGCGCUGAUAAUUCGGUUCAUCUCAGAUGAUUCUCAGGCCAUGAGGGGAUUCCGAGCUGCCUUCUCCUUCAUCAGUGUAUCAGAUCUCUUUCUGGGACAUCAGCUGACUGCGGUGGCCAUACCUACUGAACAAUCCCCCUAUCCGGUUCCUCUGGAUGUCUGCGGAGCCCCUCCGCUCUCACCCAGAUUCGCCCUCAAUAACGUGGUAGAGCCAGAAGAUGCCGUCCCCCAUUCCUGGCCCUGGCAGGUCAGCCUGGGUCUGGCCAGUGAGCACGUGUGUGGAGGAGCGAUUGUUGCCCCAGUCUGGAUCCUCACCUCUGCUCAGUGCUUUUACGAAAGGGAACAGUUUAUUAACUUGUGGACAGUCAUCGCUGGUGACCAUGACAUUGACACUGUAAACCUGGAACAACAGGAAAGCUUUAUAAAACAGAUCCUCAUCCAUCCACGUUACAACAGCACCACACAGGAUUAUGACGUUGCCUUGAUUCAACUUCAGAAGCCUUUGCAAUACAAUGACUAUGUCCGCCCGGCUUGCCUACCAGAAGCAACACAAGAUCUUGAGCUGCCCAGCCUCUGUGUGGUGACAGGAUGGGGGCAACUGUACAAAGAUGGUCCUUUGCGGCCAAAACUUCAGCAACUGCAAGUGCCAGUUCUGGGCUCCGUGCAAUGUCACGAGUACUACACAUCUCACCCUGGCGGGAUCACAGGGAGGAUGUUCUGUGGAGGUUUUCCUGUCGAGGGGAGAGAGGAGACAUGUUGGGGCGAUGUGGGCGGCCCCCUGGUUUGUCCGUUUGGAAGCUCAGGAAUUUACACUCUCUACGGCAUUGCCAGCUGGGGCUGGGGCUGGGGCUGUGGCAGAGCAGACUUUCCAAGUGUCUACACCAAUGUCUCCGCUGUGGUUGACUGGGUCAGUGAGUGGCUGCAGGCUAGCGAACAUGAGGAUCAAGCACAAAGCAUCGCAGAAGUCUCCACUGUUUCUCCUGGGUCUGGGCCGAGCCCACACAUUCACAGAAAUUCAACACUUACAACUGAUGGAACCCACCCCCCCGAGUGUGUCCCAGUGUCUGGGGUGAGGAAUCGCACAGUGACGAGUGUUUCAGAUAGUUCUGUUGACGAGGUUCAUUUCUCCGCUGGCUGUAAAGACGUGAUAUUAAUGGCCCGAGAGGGACAGAUCCGCUCCCCUGGGUUUCCUGGCAGCUCUCCCGACGAUGAUCAGAGUUGCUUGUGGAGGAUUAUUGCACCAAAGGACAAAAUUAUCCAAUUGAAUUUCAAAGCAUUUGACAUCAGGACAGAGAGCGAAAGUUGCCUGGACUCCAUUACGGUGUAUGAUGGAAUAACCGUGGGCCGACACUUGAAAGCUAAAUUCUGUGGGAUGGCAGCGCCUUGUACUAUCUGGUCCAGUGGCCCAGCACUCACUGUGCAAUUCACAUCCGCUUCAAACGGCUCAGCAAGUAGCUUCUGGCUGCUUUACAGUAAUCACGACUCCAAAGAUAAACGCCUACUUCUCGAAUAAAUCAAUCGUCCUGUGCACAACACAGCACUCGGUGUGCACACGUCACUGUGUACCACGCUCUGCCUGAUGGAACCGUAUCCUAUUUUGAUGCUCAACGUAUUUUUUGACCAUGUCUUGAGGAACAGUAGUAGAUGAAUUUCAGACGUAUUUGCUAAGCGUUAUGCAAUCUGAAAACACAAGUAAACUUUCUCUGUGGUUCUUAAUGGCAUUGUACCUUCACCAUUGACUUUUGAUAGAAAGACUGACUCCUGCACCACAACAUUGGCUCCCGUUGCAGGAUGGCAGUGUUGAACGGAACUCUUCAAACAGAAUCACUUGAUUUUCCAUCAUUGGGCUCUUUUCAAACCAUUAAAUCAUUGCCAUAGGAAGCUUACCCAACCCACUCAACCACAAUUUCAGCGCAAGCACCAGGAUUACACAGAGAAUAAUUAACGACUGGGAUGGGGGUUGCCAGAAGGGCCAGGACAUUGGCAUUAAUUUAUGGAGCAGCUCGAUGCUGUGAUGAGGAACAGUGAGGCGAGUAUUCUGGAAGCAUGAGAUCAACUGAGUGGAAGGUGCUUCAUCAUCUAAACAGAUGUGUGUGUGUGUGUGCGUAGGGGGAAAUAUUUAGAUAUCUUGUUGAAAACAAACUAGGGGCAUAUAUAUGUAGCCAACUAAUAUAAAUACACUCAAGUCAAGACAUUGUAUUAAAUGCCAAACACAUUUAACAAUUUAUCGCUACGUUGCUGGUAUGGCAACAUUGAAAAAAUACACUUUUCCUUGUGUUUUUAAACAAAUCUUAAAACAAAUCUUUGUUGUAGUUUGACAGACUUUAUUUUGACCAUGUAAAAAGAAACAAUAACAUUUAUUUAUAUCUAUUGUUUCUAAAUCUGUCUCAUCCUCUCGUAUAUUCUUUUCAAUGUGGAUGGCGUCCACUUUGCUUGGUUUCUCAAUGUAACAUCUGAAGAUCCUUGAUUCCUAACCCAUGAUAUAUAUAUUAGAUGUUUAUGUGAACAUGAGUCAUGGCUUUGUAGCAGCAAUGGGAUAGGUUUAAGUUCAAAUAUAAUUUGUACUUUAAAACUAAAAAUCAGUAAAUUAAGUGGGAAAUUGUCUGAUAAAACACUGAUAGAUUUUUGUAUAACAACAACUGAUUCUAUUGGCCCUUCAGGGAAAGGAAACCCACUGUCCUUACCCGAACUAGAACACGUCAGUUCUUAAAAUGGAUUUAAAGUGGUAGAGAUGAUUGUUUCUUCUCCCUCAAUAUAAACAGUUUAUAUAUAUAUUCUAACUUAUAUAAUAUAUACA